UUCAAGAUAUUUUACCUAAUGUGAAUGUCAUCGAUCCUCAGAAUGACCAGUACAUAGCGCACCUUAUGGACUAUUUUCACAUAUGCUUGGAAAGCGUACGGAGGCUGUCCGUUGGCAAAACGAAGCAUUUGAUGCUGAAAGCUUUGGCGGAUACUUUGGGCGGUUAUUUGCGAGUCUACAUCCUCCCCGUCACGAGGCACUCAUAUUACGCGGGUAACAUUAAGUAUCGUAACGCGAAGAUGCUGUUCGAGCUUUUUGACGAGCUGAAGGUAUUUCUUCGGUCCAACGGCGCCGGUUGGUCAAAUCCCAGCAAAGAUAUUCCAAAUGUCAGGAUUCCUCCUAUUGUAAUUACACCACCGAAAACGUCGGUUGCCUGUAAUGGGUUUAUCACGUAUUCGUCGUCUUUAGGAUAUGACGAUGGUAAUUAUCGAAGCUUCACGUUCAGAAAAAAGAAAAGGUCUACAAUGAAGCAGGGACAUUCGAGGCGUGCAGUCGAUGGUUACGAUAACGAGGGUACGACAAGCGAAGUUAUGAUACCCCUCCCAUUUCUCGAUAAUGAAGCAGAGCCUAAUAGCAUCGCAUUGCCCUUCAAAACUGACAGCCUACAAUCAUUAUACUCGGAAAAAUCAGCUUUCGCCCUCGUCAAGUACUACAUUGCCAGCGUGAAGUGCAUCACUUCGCGAUCGAGCACGAAAACGCGAUUGCGAACGUUCAACAAGGACUUUUAUGCCUGGUUGCAACAAUCUGUACGUCGACACUUAGAUGACGAGAAAUGGUAUCCAGCAUUCGGUGGUGUCCUUCGAGUACUGGUUACUUUACGAGAAACGGAUAUCGGAGGCGGUAUUAUGAAGAGUAGAACAAGUGGUACUUAUCAAGUUAUGCCCAAAGUAGGUAUGGAACGUGCGAGUCAAACGGACGAGAGUGCGUCGUUGCUUUACAAAGGAAAGGGAGAAAAGAGUACAAUGACGCUUGGACCUACGGAGCUCGUGAUCAUAGCGAUAGUAUCCGUCCUGGUGAUAUGGUUAUUGGUGGGUUUGAGCUUAGUGUGCUACAGAUUUCUCACUAAACCUCCCGAAGGUUGCUCACCUUGCGAAUCAAAAACUACACCAUUCGCAGUUCUCUAUGAAAACUCAGACUAUUGCCAGCCGGAUACGUGCCCCUCGAAGUUGCGUAAGGGCGUGGUUGAAAAAUUGAAGGAAUGGUGGAGAGAUAGGUUUGGACGAUGCCCAGGAGGAUGCCAGGAGCACGCGGACGAGGAACGUUGCUUGGCUGAAAUCAGUUACGGCAGCAAAGAUAUUGUCAGCGAUAGCAACAAAAUUUAUUCGAGAAAGAAAUACACUAAAUCUACAUCAGCUCCACAAUUAGGAAUAUCCAGAAGUCGCACGGUUUUCAAAACAACACAGAACAUCCAUUGGACAUCUAGACUUGGUUUCAAUCUGGCCCAAACGUCCGUAGAUUUAGUACGAAUGUUUUAA